GAUUUUAGGCAGGCUUUCACAAAUUAUAAUCUACAGAAGACAUUUUUUUCUUUAUGUUUUAUUGACCUCUUUUGCAGUUUCUUUAUAUCACAAUCAUUCCCCAGUAUGCCUCCCAUUCCUUUUGUGUCAAAGGAAAAGAUUUGAGGAAAAGUGACCAACAAAGUGAUCAUGUCUCACAGCAUAUACAACAUUUCAUUCUGUUAUUCAUCUCUCUAUCUAAAAGGCAAGAAGUAAUUUUCCAUAUCUAUUCUCUGAAAACAAGAAAACUCAUUGAAAUGAAGUCAGUUAUCUUUUAAUGUGUCAAAAGGUAUGGACAAUUCUAAAUUUUUUCCAGAACAAUAGGACCAACUCACAACUCUAUCAAUAAUGUACUAGUUUGCCAUAUAUUAUGCUAUUUUAGUCAUUAAGUAUUAAUAAGUAUGUUGCUCGCCUGGUUUUGCUUUCUCAAUUCUAUUAUUUCAUAGGAAUCUAAUUGUAUUUCUCUAAAUUCAUCUUCAUUUUUAAAGAUUUUUUUCUUUACAUUCUAUUCUUUUACAUUCAUAUACCUGAUUUGGUUCAGUUAUUCCCUAAUCAGUGGGGCAUCUGCUUAGUUUGGGGGAUUUUCUCUCUUACAAAAGCACCUGAUAAGAAUAUUUUAAUAUAUAUGAAAUUCAUUUUCUCUUUUUUACUUUCUUAGGGGACAUGAUCAAUAGUGCAAUAAAUAGGUGAGAGCAUAUCCUUUAAUAAUCCCAAAUUAUUUUUCAGAACAGCUGGGCCAAUUCACAGCUCCACCAACAGUGUACCAGUAUGCCUCUUUUCCCAUAAGUUCUUCAACUUAAGACUAUUUCAAUCUAUCAUUUUUUCCCAGUGUGAUGAAUAAUGAAUAAAACCUCAGAGUUGUUUUAAUUUACAUUUGUCUUAUUGAUAAUGGAGCAUUUUUAUAUUGUAAUUAAUGCAGUUUGCUUUUCUUCUUUUGGAAGCUUUUUGUUCAUACUUUUGUCCAAGGUCAAAUCGCUGAUGAGAGUUUGGACCUGCUGAAAGAUAAAGUUGUAAGAAGUACGGUCUUGAGAAAAAAAAAAAAAGAGAGAGGAAACCAGUUCAGGAAUAUGAGGACAGUUUCCUAUGGGUCAUGGAGCUAUGUGAACAAUUAGGUGAGGAAAGACCUCUGGGUUUCAAAGAAAAAAGGCUCAUUCUAGUGGGGAAUGAGCAGAGAACUGUGGGACCAAACCAAAAUCAGGUUGCCGUUUUUUUCUUGAGAUUGAAGAAUAAAUCUGGGUCCCAGAUAUUAGAAUAAUCUACUUUUCCAAUAACCAAAACAACUGAGAAAAAGAAGCCAUGCCUUGAUGUCAGUGUAGAUAGUUAGUGAACUAGCAAAAGAGAGUAAUCAGAUGAUUUGGUAACAGGUAUGUUCACUUUCUCUACGGGCUAGGAAAAAGUUCUGAAACCUGUGAUCUGUGAGAGCCGUCCCCAACAGUGUUCUCUUCCAGCCCUGAGAGAGUUUGGAAUGAUCUAUCUGUGAGGGAUGGGGAGGGGACAUUUUUCCAUCUUGAUUAAUUAUUUUUUUAAAUCAUCGGCAACAGAGGAGAAGGGAAGUCACUGACAGCAGUAGUGAGUGCCACACAUAGGGCAAGAUGGUUGGCUCUUUGCAUAGAAACUAAUAGGGUGAUCAUGUGGCUUGAACUUGAUCUGCUUGCUGCUCCACCUAUUAAAAAACAGAGGAAUGGCUACAAUUGAUUGAGGCUGUUAGUUAUGAACAUCCUUUUAAGAGCUUUAAAAAAAAAAAAACUGCAAAAAGUUUAGCUACUUUGUAUCUGAAGUAUCUGUUGCUGACAAGUAUUCAAUUUUUUAAAAAGGUUUUUAGUUUCUCUAUUUCUUUAACCUCUUUAUAUUUCUUGAUUUGGUUUCACAGAUAAAAGCAUGCUUAAUCUUAACUAUCUUUGAAUAGCAUGUCUAUCUCUUAACUGCAUGCAAGGAGGAAUGUAUUGAAGGAUGACAAUGAACAGCUGGGAAUACAAAUAGAUCAGGAUGAACAUCUGAGCUUCCAUCUAAGUUAGCCAGGAUUUCAUCCUUAAUUGGGGGCUUUGAUCUGAAAGUAAGAGAUGUGGUUUUGAUUAGUCAUAAUAUUUUAUCAACUUUCCAAAAGGCAGAAAACUAGAUCCAGAGACUUAUAUUUUUUAAUUUCUCUAGGGUUAAAAAAAAAAAAGUGAGUCUGAGCAUCAUUUUCCCUGUCAUAUUACUUGUUCUCACUUAUCUCUUUUUCUUUCCUUUCCUUUUUUCUCCCUCUCAUCCCUGAAGUUUGAAGGUAGUGAUAAGGAAAUAGAGAUCUUCGGGACCACAUGGUAUAUGGAGAAAUAGGUGAGGCUGAUACUGAAUUCUUCAGGUGAAAAGGAAAGCCUGCAGAUAGCCAAAACUUACCAUGCAGGGCUAUCAAGAGUGGGAUGAAAUGGGUAUAAGGAGGUUUUGUUGCCAUCAAGAUGUCUAACAAGUGAAGUAGAACAAAGAAACUGAAUCAGAAGUCACCCCAUUACACUGACUUCACUUGGCCUUUUGGGUUUCUUCCUAAGUUGAUAUGAGCUGACAACUCAUGAGCAUUAUAGGAGUUGAUAUGCUAUAGCAAAUUGCUUUUGAGGGUAUGAAUUAAAGCUGGACUUCAAUCUAGUGACCUCUCUAGAUAGUUGGCCUUGGUACUUAUCACAAAAGAGCUUAAGAUAUCUCCUUGAACAAUCCUUUUUUCCAAUGGAGCAAGAUGCCAGAUAGUAGCUGGAGUCCAAAAGUGGUUGCAAACAAUAGCAGGGCAGUAGAGACAACCAGCAGAGAAGAGGACAGUUUUAGUAGGAAAAGCAGCUGGCCCUUUGAUGUCAAUAGAGGAUCUAUGUAGAUCCAGUAGCGAUGGAGACAUGAGUUGCCCUUCCACACAUGUAAGUCCUCCCUCACUAUAAUGAUAUGUCUUUGGGUAUUUGGAAAUCUUUAUAAUUUGUCAUGCUAUCUUGUUUAAUUGAAUGAUUUGAACUACUGUAUCUUUUGGUUGGAUUCACCAGUGGGGAAUCCUAGGUUAUGGUUUUAAGUGGAUAAUGACUCAUAAUUUAAGUGGAUGAUAAGCCUGGGAUAGCAUUUAUGAUGGGUUCUGGAGGGAGCAUGGACAUGUUAAGGAGAGUACCUAGGAGUUACCAAGAAUUGGUCUAGGCAAAACUUGACAAGGUAUAACAUAAUCACCAUACCAUAGUUUGUAGCACAGCCAAGAUUGUGAAGAGGAAUCACAAACAGGGAAGCCAGAAUACAGUACUACUCUAUUUUCCCCAAAGCUCCAGGAUCAUCAGAAACAAAAAGCUUAGGAAGGUACUCUUCUGGGAAUGUCCCUUAUUAUAGCUGCCAAAAGGUUCGACCAAGCCAACUGGGUGAGCAUCCCAUGUAAAAACAUAGGCAACUGUUCCCAUCCUCCCUCACUUUCUUCCCUUCCAGGAAGGGUGGAAAGGUGAGGAAAAUACAAGUCAGCAAUUUGUGCCCCUUCUGAAAGCUCACUAAAUUUUAUUUUAAAUAGUCAUUAUAAUAAAGUUAAUUGCUUAAUCAUUUCUUUGGAUUUCCUUGCACUUGCAAAACAAGUCUUAUCAAUGGCUGAUUAUUCUAGAUAGAUAGCUGCAACUGUGGUUGGAGAAACCACUUCUAGAAAAGUGCAAGAGGAAGUGCUAUUAUUCACAAGAUCGCAGUCUUUGGAGGAGACAUUAUUUGUGCUUUGGGAAACCAUGGAAAAUUACCCACUACUGAAUAGCAACCUCAUUCAAGAGACUUCUCUUCUAGCUCAGGUAUUAUGGGCUGUAACUCACUAAAAACAUAAAUGUGAAGAACUUGUAGAUAACGACCCCUGUUAAUGUGAUGGCCCUAUGUGAACCUGAGUCAAUUCAACAAAUCAAUUCAAUUUAAUCAACAUUUAUUUAGAGCAUUUAUUAAGUAUCAGGCACUCUGCUCUGCAAUGAAGUCUGCCAGAGGUUACCAAGUCAGUCAAGAGCCUUGAUGAAGGCAAAUUAUCUAAUCUACUCAGCACAGAUCUGGUUUAUUUCCCGCCUUGUGUCUAUUCAUUUCUUUAUGAUUUUUAGGAACUAGAAAGAUGCUCUGGGAUGGGCAGGUAAUUGAUUGGGAAACUCCAAGUACAUUACAUUAGAGUAGUGCCAUGUCAGGCUGAUUAAGCAGAGAUGCAGCCAGGCAGGGCAGCAGGAAGAUCCUAGAUCUCGGGGUAGUCUGGUGACAGCCAGCAGAGAGCAGGGGAUCACAGGAGGAAUCCAGUUCCUGGGAAAUAAAGGCGUGAGGCACCAAAACAGUGACUUCAGGCUCAGGAACAAGAAAAGAACAGUUAACAAGGCGAAGCAGCUUAAUUACAAUGGACAAUGUAAGAGUCUAGUUACUAGAACUGAAAUACAAGCUCAGCAAACAGUAGAUCUGAUCUGAUUGGUGCAAAGCCCUCAUCUAUGAAUCAAUUCAAAUCCACAAUUAUUUAUUAAAUACAUGAACUGUAUCAGGUGUUGGGCAUACAAGGAUGAAAUAUAUCAUUAUCUGCCCUUAGGAUUUACAAUCUAAGAAGGGUGAUUAAACAUGUACACAAAUAAAUGACAUAAAAUACCAAAAGGAAAUGUUUAAACCAAGCAAAUUUGUGGUGGGAACAAUGACUUUCAACUGAGGAAAAUCAGACCAGAGAUCUGGUCCAUGAAAGAUCUUUCCCCAACCUGGAGACUGGACCAAUCCCAGAGUCUCAGUACAUGCUUAAGAUCCAUUGUCAGAUCCCUGAUCCCAGAACUCAGAACAGGUUGGGGGUUAAAUGAGCCAUGGAGACUGGUAAUGUAGGGACAGAGGGUCACUAAUCUCUCUGACUCUCAACACCCUUCCCCAGAUAUACAGUCUUCUUCUGGAGGCAGCUCUCUGUCUUUUUCUAGAUGUAAGGGAGAUGUCACAACCCCAAUUCUGGGCUCAGGGUGUCCUCAGGAGGUCAGCCAGAACAAAGAAAUGGUGAGAAUAAUAGGAGUUCUUCUUUUUCUAUCUAUGAGCUUAACAACUCACAGGUAUUACAUAAUCGACUACUGUCAUCUUAUUUCCUGGGGUUGGCAGAAAGAUCUCUGAUUAGUGCUAUUGUUUUCAAGCAUCCAGUUCUGUGCUGGUCACUGAAGGUAACAAGAUCAGGGACAUGAGCCUUUGAAGUCGCCUCCCGUUCUCUGAAAGCAGUGGGAUCUUGUGCAAGCCUGAGCCGUUCUCUUCUAAACUUUCCAAGACUUUGGGGGAGGACAAUGUCAGAAAUACAAUGCAACUUCAACUCGUCCUCUGUCUUGUCAGCCGUCAUGGCCCCCGUGCUGGCUUUGGAGUGUAUCGUGGGGCUGGUGGGGAAUGGCUUUGCCCUAUUCAUCUUCUGCUUCCACAUACGAUCUUGGAAAUCUAAUACCAUUUUUCUCCUGUGCCUGGUCAUUGCUGAUUUCCUCCUGCUCGUCAACUUACCCUUCCGGGUUGAUUAUUAUGUCCAUGACCAGACUUGGAACUAUGGUUCUGAAGCCUGCAAGGCUAAUCUCUUUAUGCUGUCCACCAACCGAACAGCCAGCAUCUUCUUCCUCACUGUUAUUGCACUCAAUCGCUAUGUGAAGGUGGUAUGGCCCCACCACAGCCUGAGCCAGGCGUCGGCGAAGUCAGCAGUGCAAGUAUCUGCGGGGCUCUGGGUGCUCAUCCUGCUCAUAAAUGUGCCCUUCCUCUGCAUCAAGUCCGAUAUCCUCUACUCCUCCAGCAAUUCUUGCGUCAGCUUUACAGUCAACAAUACUGACCACUCUACUGCCCAGAGCUUGCACCAUAUACUCACCGGGGUGGAACUUUUUCUGCCAUUGGGAAUCAUCCUUUUCUGCACCUUCAGCAUCAUCUUCACCGUCAGACGGCGGAACCUUGGCAAGCAAGCAGGAGCUCGACGGACAGUGCUUGUCCUGGGAGUGGUAUGUGCGGUCUACUUUUUCUGCUUCUUGCCCAUCAUUAUCUUCUCCUUAGCCUCCCUUCUGGCUUUCCAAUUGAGGAACUGCCAUGCCCUCAGACUCUGUGCAGACCUGUUCCAAGGAUCGCUGGCUUUCACCUACCUCACUAGCACCCUUGAUCCUGUGCUCUACUGCUUCUCCUGCCCCAGCUUUCUCCACCAGAGCAAGAUGGUGCUCUGUAAGAGGGACUGGUGGACUGGAAAAAAGGAUAAUCAAGAGGGUGAUGACAGCAGUUCUUCCAAACCAAACAGGCAGGUGGCAAGAGGGGAUGCGGGAACUUUGCAGGAUUAACUCCAGAUAUCCGUCUCUAGGGGAGGAGCCAAACAGCCCAUUGCCCUACUCCCCCGGUAUUAUCUACCUGAGAACAUCAGGAAAAGGAGUUUGAUUACAAAUUUUGAUGGAUGGGAAUAGAACCUGCCUUUUAAACCUUCUCUGUCCCACUCAGACCUGGGUCUUUAAGGAGUUCAAAAGGUGAGGACUGGCUAGACAUGACCAGGGAGGGACAGGUUUCUCAUGUAAUAUGGUUAAGACUUCUCUGGAUCCCAAUCUCAAACCGAUGGUGGGACAGGUUCUGGAAGUUGAAGGACUUGGAAGUCUUGGAGAUGGAUAAUGCCUGGUUCUUCAAAGCUGGUCCAGGUAUGCCUCCUGUUCUGCCUUAAUAAACCAAAGUCACAGAAGGAACAUCUAAUCUGGUGUCUGUGUUUGUCCAUGUAAGCUUGGCCAUAGCACUACAUCCCUGAAAUUGGGGACAAAAUGUAUGGGAAAUACUCAGGAAGUGAACAUGUGCAUGUGGCGGGCUUUAUGGUUCAAAGACCCUUCCCUUGGCAUGUGUGUCUGGUGGAUCCAUUGUGGGGUAUCUAUGUAUCCCAGAAUGAGCCCUGCUUUAAGACCUCUCCCUCACCCCACACCAAGGUACUAUACAAAACUGGUUUGCAGAGCAUUCCUUCCUCUUUCUUCCUAACAUUAGAUCCAAAGAAAAUGACAUCUUAUCUUUAGGGCAGGGAUGCUUUAAAUGGUAGCCACCACCAAAUUCCUUGCCGUCUAACCUAGAAUCCUGUCUUAGCUAGGUCUCAAGAAGUCCCAGAAGUUGCAGGAGGUUGUGAUAGCCUCCUGGAUAGUAUCCUUAGGAGUCAAUGAAGUCUCUAAACCUCUUUCUCUCCUCAUUAACUUAUUGGGGAUCUAUUCUCUGUGAAUUUAUAUGACUCAUUUAGGUAUAUACUUAGGCUAGGUUCACUUUUAGGGAAGCAAAUCUAUUCAAAGUCACUGCCCAUCCCUGGAAAAGACAAAUUGAUUUAAGAUGACCUUGACCCAACUUCUAGAAACCCCUCCUUCUAGCGUCCAGGUGGGGAAAAAGUUCGUUCUUCCAUCUUUUUACUGUUUUAGUCACUCUGAUAGUUUCUCCAGACCCUGUUCUUUCUCAAGCAGGUAUUUUUUAUCUAUUUGUGUGUCAAGAACCCCUUUGGCAAUCUGGUAAGGACUAUGAACCCCUUCUCAUUACAAUGCUUUUAACUGUACUUAACACAUAUAUUAAAUAGGUUCACAGUUAAAAAACACUUGUUAUGUAGUAUCAAAACCACUGUUAAUUGUCUUUCUCUACACAUUCUCAUCCCUUUGAAAUAAAUAUGAGCUGGAAGGAUCUUUCCAAAUCAUAUAGCCCCUACUUUCUCAGAGACAAAAAAAUGUAAAAGUCCUCAGGGACUUUAUCUCUGAGCUACCUACCCACGAUCACCUUCAUUUUCCUUCUCUGAAAACUCUCAAACUAGGCAACAGAGCAGAAAUCCAGUCUCCUCUAAAAUAAUUCUCAAUAUGCCUCUCUCCUCAUUCCUGCCUCAUCUUUCCCCUUUCCCCCUUGCACUUAUCCCAUCCUAACCUCACUUCCUAUUUCUUGCUUCCUAGAGGUACCAAUCUUGAUUUGGGAAGAUGGGAUUAGAGGAUAUUCUUCAUUUCUUUUAAAUGUUUACUUUCUCCAUUUCCUAUCUUCAAUUAAAAAGUUCAAGGAAAUGAGGAAAGGAUCAUAACUCCAUUUUAGCUCUGAGUUCAGCUUGCAGUUUUAAAUUUCCAAAUAAGAAAUCCCACUAAAACCAUUAUCUGAAUGAGCAGAA